AGCUCUUUGUGUCAUCUUAUCUCAUGUCUUGAUGCCAUCAUGGAACUGACAGUGAGGAGCAGAGUGGUGUCAAAUAAUUAUGAGGAGGUCAGACAAACUGAGCUGACAGACUCACAACCGAACAAAACGGAAGAUAUCUAUCAGAGCCUGCAGUAUCCACCACCCUCAACAGUGAAUGUGCCACCAGAAACCAGAUGGAAGGGAAAAUGGAUUCUAUGGCUGUCUAUCCUUGGUGCAGUUAUUCUGAUCAUCCUGACUGUUGUUGCAGUAUUCUACUUCAUGGGCAGAACUGAAACUCUUUCUUUGAUUGAAAGAGAGUCAUGGCUUCUGCACAAGGAUUUUUUCUAUUUGCUUAAGUCAAGCAAUGUUGCAGAUUGCGAUGAAGCAAUUCAGUUCUGUGCCAGUAGAAACGCCACCCUUGCUGCCGUAAACCAGGACAAUAGGGACUGGUUACUGAAGAUGGCAGAAGGGAGGUGGUUUAUUCUAAGAUCGGAAAAGGAAGGGUUUGGCUCUGGCUCUGACUCUGGCUCUGGCAUGUUCAUGGAGGAUGACUCCGAUUUCUUGUGUGAGCUUCUCCAUUCCGACCCCUCAGCCUCCCCGCCAUUUGAACACACUUCUGCCCUGUGCGUGCGGAAGGCCUGCUGAUGCCUCCACCUGCAGAGGACUUUUACUCCAGGGGCAAUUUUAACACCUUUUUACACCAUGGGCAUUUUUACCAUCCUUAUUUUAAACUAACUGCACACCUCCACCCACUUUAAACAGAACUUUUUUGGAAGUGUUCAGAAAGGGCAUGUACAACUGUUUACAAAAAAGACUGUUUGUCAGUGCAUUCUUACCUUACUAUUAUUCUGGUCAUCUUGUGAAAAGAAAGUCCAAGUCAAUUA